AUAAAUUAAAUGGUGAUAUGCAUAUUUGAAAAUCAUGAAAAUAAUGAGAUUAUUGCAGUAUGUUCUAAUCCUGGAUGUAUUAAAAGAAGAUUAGUUUGUUUUUAAUGCAUAAUUGAUUUUCAUAAUGAUCAUAAUAAGGAUUUAAAAUAAAUGGCCAAAUUGAUAAGUUGGAAGAGUACAUUAAUGCAAGCUUAUACUGCAAUUUAAAAUCAUUAUAACAUGGUUUAGCAAUAUCUUAAGUUAUUAUAAGGAUUUAUAAGUAUUUCAGAGUUUGAUAGAAAUCAAUCAUUUGAGAACUUAAAUUACCAUUAGAUGGAAGAUGAUAUAAAUAGUUUAUUAUGUUUUGAUUAAUUUCAAGAGAAUAUUUCAAAUAUAUCAAAUGAGAUUACAAAAAAUAUUAUUUCAUUAACUCCUAUAUUUAAAUCUGCAGUAUAAAUUUUUUCAUCUAUUAAAUAAGAAACAGUAUAAAUAGAAGCAAAAUCAUCAACUUAACUUAAAAUAAGUUUUUCUAAUUAAAUGAAGCAUGAAGAUAUUAUUAUUGAAAAUGAUGGAAAAUCUGCAAGAAGCAUUAGUUAAAAAUAUUAUUAGAAUAAUUUUGUAGUAUGUGAACCUUUAAUUCCUAAAAAAGGAUCUUAUUCAUUUUCCUUUAAAAUUGGUGGUUGGGUAAUGAUUGGAGUUUGUGAUAUUGAAAAGAUAAAGUAGUAAAAAUUCAUAGUGACACUUGAUGAGAUUCCUUAAAUUCAGUAAAAUAAAUUUAUUUAUAUUUAAGUUGUUAUAUGAUUGAAAAUGAUGGGACAUCGUAUUCCUCAUUUGAAAAUUAAGAGAAACGCUAAAAGUCUUUCACAUAUUCAGAAUAUGAUAUUAUCUAAGUUUUAAUAGAUUUUGAACUCAAAAUUAUUAAAUGGAUAAAACCUUAAACAAAAGAAAGUUUUUAAAUGAAAAUAAAUCCAUCUACAUCAAAUUUAUUUCCUUGCUUGGCUUUGGGAUAGGCUUGGGUUGAAGUUAUCAAUUAAUGA